CGCGCGGUCACAUGAUCCCGCUGGGACCGAACCAGGAAGUGGCGGCUUGUUUAGGGAAGAGGAUCAGAUGUGUUUUCAGACAUGUCUCUUUACAGAAGCUGCUCGUUCUGUGUUCUGCUGCUGAUACACGUCCACUCCCUCGUGUUCGGUGACACAUUGAACCUCACCGCCGCGGAACCAGCGGACCGGCCCGCCCUCCACAGCUCCCCCGUGUUCAAGCCCGCUGCGCCGGACUCCCUCGGUCUGCUCGCGUCGUUCCCGGAGGACCUGGAGAUCAGCUUCUACUGCCGCGACCUGCUGCUCAUCUUCGGGCAGCGCUACGACACCUACGUGAACUGCCUGGUUCCGGCGGCUCGACCCGUCCGAGUGUGUCAGAAAUGUUUCUCCAGCUAUGGCAGCCUGAUGGAGAUCUACAACAACAUCUCCUCGGACCAGAUGGGUCCUGGGAACGUGAGCUGCGGCGACAGUCUUCUGCGCAGUGACCGACUGAUGCUGGUUUAUCGGCUCUACAGCAACCUGAAGAACCUGUGGGGUCAAUCAAGCUGCGAAAAAUGUAUCACUGCAGGAUUUCAGAGCCUGACGAAUGACACGCUGUACUUCAUGGCAACCCUCAACCAGACUAUCACCUGUUUUGAGAAGUAUCAACAGGGGAAUCACACAGAGCUGUGCGCAAACUGUAAGAGCACAUACGCGGACCUGAACGAGCUCUACAGCGGAAUGGAGAAGAAUCUGACUCUGUGUAUUGACAUAGAAGAUGCGAUGAAUGGGACACGCAAACUGUGGAGUAAGAAUUUCAAUUGUUCCUUGCCCCGCGAGGAGACGGUGCCUGUCAUCGCUGUGUCCUGCUUCAUGCUCUUUCUGCCCAUCAUCUUCUACUUGAGCAGCUUCCUUCACUCCGAACAAAAGAAACGCAAGCUCAUACACCCCAAGCGAGCGAAGUCGUACACCAGCUUGAUGAACAUUCAGGACAAACGGAGCUGAGCAGCUGAGCAGGAGAGAUGCACUGAAAUGAUUGACAGCAUUCCUUUAUCAAGAGCUACACUCCCAGGAGUAGAUUUGACUUCUCCCUGUCUCGUGCUUGAGGCUCGACGGACCUCCAAUGAACACAGAGCCCUCGACUGCAGCUUUCCUGUUGUCUUCAGGGGGGGGGCCGGGCUGUGAUACCAAUACGUAUUCAACAGACCUCUAGGAUCUAAAUCAUUGAAACUUAAAAGUGAAAUGCACUGGAUUUAUUUUAUUGCACAUUAAACUAUUGAUUUCAUAGCCGUACAACCUUUUUCUUAAAGAUGUAAGCGAUUAUGUUGGAAAGCAGGAAAUAGAUUUGCCCAGAUAAAAAUAUAUAAAAAUAAGAUGAAGAAAUUUAGAAACCGUCCACGCACUGUGUUUGAGUCGGCCUCUUAAUGCCAGAAUUAAUAAUCAGCUUUGUUUUGUGAAGUUUGUCAUGUUUAAACUUGUAUUUUGUAUUUCUAUGAGCAGAAUGUGCUGUGAGACAGGUGUCGUGAGAAAGUGAGCGGCCUGAAUGCUGUGUGCCUGUGUGUGUCCGUGCGAUUGAGCUAAUGUGUGCACGUGCUCUAUUUAUGGGUUUGGUUGAGAAAUGGGUUUUUCUGUCUCUAAUAUAUGUCCAGAAGAGAGCGGCGAAAAGGAAGCACUUGAUGUCCAUUAGCGGUGACAUGUAUCUGCUGUAAGAAGAGGGGGGCACAUGAGCCGGGAGGGUCGGGGGGGUAAAUAAAGACGUAACACACAUAAUGUAAGAGCACUCUGACUGGGAUGUUACCUGUUUUCCAGGCAGUGUGUGUGGUUUUUUUUGUGGUUUCAUAAAGCUUUUAAUGUGCUUUGUUGUCAUUUCCCACUGAUGUUUAACUUAAUUUGUUAAGGGUUUGUGACUGCACAUGGCGGCAGAGUCUCUGCUAUGAGAUAUGUUGAGAUACGAGUGUUGAGUUGAUGAGUGUGCCUAUUAAUAAAAAAAUGCAUUUGCUGUGAAGAAACCCUUAUUUUAAAUGCAUUUGCCCAAAUAAAUAUUUUUAUGUCAUAAGCAUUAA